AUGGAUAAAGCGAACGGAAAAAUUAACGAACGAAACAACUUUUCUGUUAUACUAAGAAAAAAGAACGGAAUAAAAACAGUAUCGAACCUAUAUUCACUGGCGAAUUCAUCUAAGCCUCUAACAUUUUUCGCGGCAUUAUUUGGAAUGCAAAUGUUAAGAUACUCAAAGAGGAACGUUUCAAAAGUUAAUCUGUUUGGAAAAUUUUAUUGCUUGUUGAUCGCAGUGACAUUGAUUUUACUCAUUGUGUUAAUAACGCCGUUUAGUUGGCGAUAUACUAAAGCUGAUUUGCCUCUGAACAUGCUCACGAAAAGUUACAGUGUUUUUCACACUACAGAAAAUAUUCUAAGAGAACCCCUUCAUGUUGAGCGGAAUAAACGGCGAUACAGUUGGUUUGAACUAAUGCAGGUUUAUAAUAAAGUCGCUGACUCCAUUUUUAUAUUCGACAAGAUUUAUUCUGGUCAAUAUUUGGAGGUUAUGCUAAGUGAUAAUUUCAUGUAUAUGUGUUUGAAUGGACGUCCUAUGUAUCUUACUAAAAUAUCUGAAAUGUUCAUGGAAGAAAGAAAAAAGACCCUGGCAAUAUUAACCAAUCAUUUGGUACGAGGAAAUUUAGAUGAAGAAUACUCUGAGCAAGUUGAAAGGAUGAUUGAUCUAGUGGAGACAAGAAGACUAGAGAUAACUGGAAAAGUAUUCACUGUGGAUGCUCACAAUGUAAUGAACUUCUCUGGAAGGGUUAUAUCCUAUGCCGUGCUCAUGAUCCAGUAUUUCUACAUGUACAUAUUCAAAAAGUAACUCGAGUAGUGUAAGUGUGAAUACUGGGUAGAAAAAAAAAUCUAUUUAGUCCGUCAAUGAGAUAAUAGAAACAUAUUAGAUACGUAUUUUAUGGCUUGAAUUUAACAAUGGCUUACACCCGUUUUCACUAACCUAGAACAAGGCAUAACUUUACUAGGAAACGCCUAAUCUUAAGAAUCGUCAAAGCAGAUUGGUUUAAUUCCAAAUAAAGAUUCUUUU